AUGGCAGAUGGAGAAGAUCUUUGGUUGAAAUUCUUCCAGCCCCAAAUUUCCAAAUCCCUAGAUAAAUCUCAUGGGUGGCUCUGCAAUUUCAUGGAAGAAAUCGAGCUACUAGGAUUCAAACUCUUCGGUAAGUAUUCAAAUCGCCAAAUCUGGGGGAUUGACCCUCUGUUGACUCUAGAAAUUCUUCAGAAAUCGGGUACUACACCAAUAUCCGGCGACAAUCGGGGAAGACGCCGGGGGUUUCUGUUGAGAAGUGUAUCGAAUGGCUCGAAUCCUACAUCCGGGUUUGGUUCUGUACAUCUCGUUCGGAUCCCAAAACAGCAUCAACCCAUCGCAGAUGAUGGAGCUCGCGAUGGGGCUAGAACAGAGCGUCGUUUCUUUCCUAUGGGUGAUCCGACCGUCGAUCCGAUUUCCUGCCCGAGGGCAUCGCGCCGGAUAGAGGAAACCAAGAGAGGUCUGCUGGUACGAAACUGGGCACCGCAGAUGGAGAUUCUUUACCUCGAUUGGAUCGGCGGAUUUCUGCGCCACUGUGGGUGGAACUCUGUUCUUGAAAGCUUGGGGAAGGGAUGGGGAAGAAGAGCGGUGGCGAGGCUACCCCAUGGUUUCGAUUUUGUGAAAAUAGAUCUGAAGAUGUUUGGGAGAGAAUGGAAGUGGAGGAAGCUUGAGGAUUUUAUUACUAUGGGAAAGAUUGGGUUUUGGGGAAGGAUUACAAAAUUAAAUUUUGUAAAAAAAGGAUUCGUUUUAGGAGGAGAUGGAAGAAAGGGAAGGAUUCAUUUUUGGGAAAGAAUUGGGUGA